CCUUUCAGUGGCUUGUGAAGGGAUUGGUGACAUAAUACUGGAAGAGCCCUGGAAUGAGCAGCGCCAGGCAGGUCCUCGGAAAGAGAUUACAGAAUGAUGCUGCUCCUUUCCCUGGUGCUCUGCGCCCUCACUGCAGGCUGCAGAGCUUCAUUUCCAGCCCAGCAGGCUAUCACACCAUCCCCCAUCCAGGCCCGCAGCUGCAAUGACAAGGAUGUGCUGUCUUUUGCUGAUUUUGCCCUGGACGACAUCAACAGGGACAGGAAGGAUGGCUAUGUACUCAGCCUCAACCGAGUGAGCGAUGCCUGGGAACAGAGACAGGCUGAUGGUAUGGGAUCUUUGUUCUAUCUUACCCUGGAUGUGUUAGAGACAGAGUGCCAUGUGCUGAGUGGGAAAUCCUCAAAGGACUGUGAGAAGAGGAGUCUGCAUGAAUCAGUUUAUGGUCAAUGCAAAGCAUUAUUUUACAUUAACAAACCAAAGAGAGUUCUCUACACACAUGCUUAUAACUGCACUCUUCGUCCAGUUUCUCGAAGAAGUAUUCAAAUGAUGUGUCCUGACUGCCCCAGCCCCAGUGACUUGUCAAAUCCUAGUGUGUUAGAAGCCGCCACUGAAUCUCUUGCAAAAUACAACCGUGAAAGUGCCUCAAAGCAGUAUUCUCUUGUCAAAGUCACCAAGGCAACUAGCCAGUGGGUGAAUGGCCCUGCCUACUUUGUGGAAUAUUUAAUCAAAGAGUCACCAUGCACCAAAUCCCAGGGCAGCCGCUGUACACUUCAGAGCUCUAACGCUGAGCCUGUUGGUCUUUGCCAAGGUUCUCUGACUAAAAUCCAGACAGAAAAAUUCAUCUCCGUGAACUGCAACUUCUUUAAAUCACAGGCGGCUGGUCUUGGAAGUAAAACCUCUUCUGUAAAACAGCAACCUGCAAGGCAACCCAAGCAGAAAAACACAACCCCCUCAACCUCAAAAGGAUCUGUCCAGAACCUUCCUGACUUGGAUGAUGAGAAGACCAAAGGCUCCCAGAAGGCUCCUGUGGAGGCCUUCCCUGUAAAUCUGGAUCUAACCACCAAUCCCCAAGGAGUUACCGUAGACAUCUCCUUCCUCUUCAUCGGGGCUGGUAAUGAGAAGCUGCUUGUAAAACCUUUCCCCAAAAAAGACAAACGUUCUGCUCAGUGUCCAGGAACAGCUGAACAGGCCAACUCUUCUAUCCUUCCCCCAUGAGAACCACAUAGAAAAUUCCAUGGGGACUUGGAGUCCUGAUGGAUAUGAAAAUGGGUACAAGGGAAU